UAUCAAAAUAGGCGAUACAAAAACAAAACAACUGAAUAUCUAAAUAUCUAGCUUGUUGGGGUGUUGUGUAGUGUUUUGCAUUGUUAUUUUGCCUACGGUUGUCUUUGUUCAAAUUUUCAACAAUCAAGCAUUAUUUUUUAUAGAUAAAAGUAGAAAAGCGUGUGUAUGUGCAAUUGUGAUGAGAUAAAUAAACAAGGACUUUGUAUUACCAAAAAAAAAGAAGUUAAAUAAUUUAAUUAUCUUCUCCCAUCAAUAAAAGGAAUUUUUGUAACAAAGACCCAAGUCCUCAAGCAAAAAACUGGACAAUAUGGUGUCCCUCGAAUUGAGUGUAUUGACCUUAAACGUAUGGGGUAUACCGUUUGUCUCCUCAGAUCGAGCCGAACGUAUGCAACACAUUGGCAAGGAGUUGAGCUCGGGUAAAUAUGAUAUUGUAUCACUGCAGGAGGUAUGGACGGAAAAGGAUAGCAUGGUGUUACAGGAACUGACAAAGGCAAUAUUACCAUAUGCCCAUUAUUUUUAUAGUGGCGUUAUUGGUGCUGGUCUAUUGGUCUUGUCCAAAUUUCCCAUAGUUAGUACACUUUUCCAUUCAUGGACCGUAAAUGGUUAUUGUCAUCGCAUCCAGCAUGCCGAUUGGUUUGGCGGCAAAGGUGUUGGCAUGUGCAGAAUACGUGUGGGCGAUCGCUAUGUCCAUCUCUAUAAUGCCCACUUACAUGCCGAAUACGAUAUGGAUAACGACGACUAUAAGACACAUCGAGUCAUACAAGCCUUCGAUACAGCUCAAUUCAUUGAAGCAACACGCUGGGAUUCGGAUGUUCAAAUAUUAGCUGGUGAUUUGAAUACAAAACCAAAAGAUAUUUCUUACAAAGUUCUCCUGCAUACAUCGGAAAUGACAGACACCUGCAACUCGGAUUCGGUGACAACGAAUGAAUGCAAACACAACUCGUAUACACCGAAAAAGGUGUUGGGCAAAAAUCUCAAUGGCUUUCGUAUCGAUCAUAUAUUUGUACGAAGUGCCGAUUCCAUUAAGACCGAGAUAUUAGAAUAUAAAUUACCCUUACCUCAUCGUGUGCCUGGACAAAAAUACAGUUAUUCUGACCAUGAGGCUGUGCAGGUGCGUUUACUUUUAAGACCUAAGGGAGACGAUGAAGAUUCAUGUUCUGUGCGGCAUGUUAGUGCAGCCAUAGAUGGCAGUGAUAGUAUGCAUGAUGUACAAUUGACGCCACCCAAUACACCAAUACCGAAUGGCAAAUCUCAUUCCAAUGGCCAUGUCGAAGAAGAUUGUGCCGCGGCAACGGAUAAAACUUCCAUUAAGGUGGCUGUUAUUCAAGAAUCAAUCGAUCUCUGUGAAGGACAUUUGAAUCAACUGAAAACCGAUAGGGCUGUGUAUUUUACAAUAUCUUUUAUACUAUUAACCGCUUUGAUUCUAAUGGCCGAAUUCCCCGUACCACAUGGCUAUAAAACUCUGUAUUUAUUGCUCAAACUUUUGGUAUUCGGUGUCAUUUUGUUUUGUGUAUUUAUGGGCUCCCUUUGGAAUCUCAUGGAACGUAAUGGCACGCUAUCGGGCAAGACAUCAAUGGAAAUGAAAUUGGCCGGUUCAAAAUUGUUGCCAUUGAAAACCGACUGACAAGAUAUAUCCGGAAUAAAACUAAUGCUGAAAUGUGAAAAUCUAGUGCCAUCACCAAUGGCUGUGAUGUCAUUACCCUUAUCGACUCUCUCAAUGCCAGUAGAAUUUGAUAUACAGCAGCCAAGUUGCCAAGCUAAGGCAAAUAUCAUGGAAACCAGUCAAACCUAUCCCAAUCUGCAUAAUCAUUCCCUAAAACAUUGAUUAUCAUAUGCAACAACAUCAAAACUCCCACUACUUUUCCAAUAAACAGCUCAAACUGCAUUUAAAUAUUCUAUACUUACCCCCUUAAAAAGCUAUGCAAAAAAUUGUGAUUACACAAACAUAGAAAACAGCGACAACCGAUCCCGCGAAAUAAAUCAACUUCCAAACCAAGAUGAUCUUAUUUUUGAAUAUCGUUCAUUACUGUUUAAAGUUUAUCUUAAUUCCUUACUUAGUUAAGCUUUUAUUAUUUUUUUUGUGUGCUUAAUUAAUUUUAAGUCUUAUGUAAAGCCGUGUGGCUUCAAUCAUGUUAUCUGUAUUAGUAAUAAGUUAAAAUAACAACAUAAAAAUGAUAGUAUUUUUAAUGCUGUAUUGUUAUUUUGCAACUCCGAAAAAAUAUGUAUUUUUUUUAGUUUUUGCAACAAAUUUAAAAUCAGUAGCUGAAAAGAUAAGCACUUCUUUUUUCAGUGAAGCUAAUUGUGUAUGAUUUUUUUUUUAAUUAAAUCAAUUAAAAUGAGUCCCGUUUUGCCGAUUUUUGUUAAGUUUAUGGACUUGUUUUUUAAAGUCUCUUGUGAAAAAAAAUAUUUUUUAGUAUUUAAUAUCGAAACUUAUGGGGCUUUCCAAUUGCUAUGUCUGGUACUUUUAUUGGAAAGACAUAACAUUAUAUUGUAGAUUUAAGUUAUUUCAUUUAAUAACAUUUGUGCAAUCGUUUUUUGUUAACAUUAAAAUACAAAAGCAAUCCCAUAUCUGUAUAAACAUAUGUACAUAAAAUAGUAUUCUAUUUUUAAUACAUCAAGAUCUACAAUAAUAAAAAGCAAGACAUAUUA